AUGUCGCUGAGGCCGAACUCUAAGGUGGAGGUGCGCCGCAACCGGUACAAGGUGGCGGUGGACGCCGAGGAGGGACGGCGGCGGAGAGAGGACAACAUGGUUGAGAUUCGGAAGAAUCGAAGAGAGGAAAGCCUCCAGAAGAAGCGUCGUGAAGGCCUUCAAGCCAAUCAGCAAUUUCCUAUUCCAGUCGAAGCCACCACCGGCAUCGAGAGAAAGGUGCAGUUAGAAAAUCUACCUACCAUGGUUGCUGGUGUUUUAACGGAUGAUGCUGGUAGACAGCUUGAGGCGACUACCCAGUUCAGAAAAUUGCUGUCCAUAGAACGGAGUCCUCCAAUUCAGGAGGUAAUUCAAGCUGGUGUUGUUCCUCGCUUUGUUGAAUUUCUCGUGAGGGAAGACUUCCCACAACUUCAGUUUGAGGCAGCUUGGGCUCUCACAAAUAUUGCUUCUGGAACAUCUGAGCAUACAAAGGUGGUAAUUGAUCAUGGGGCUGUUCCUAUUUUUGUGAAACUUCUUGGUUCUCCAAGUGAUGAUGUCCGAGAACAGGCUGUAUGGGCCUUAGGAAAUGUAGCUGGCGACUCCCCCAAAUGCCGAGAUCUUGUGCUUGGCCAUGGAGCCUUGACUCCUUUAUUGGCUCAGCUGAAUGAACAUGCCAAGUUAUCUAUGCUCAGAAAUGCUACCUGGACACUAUCAAAUUUUUGCAGAGGCAAGCCGCAGCCUCCUUUUGAACAGACAAGGCCUGCACUUCCAGUUCUUCAGCAACUUGUACAUUCAAGUGAUGAAGAAGUUUUGACCGAUGCAUGCUGGGCUUUGUCAUAUCUUUCAGAUGGAACAAACAAUACAAUUCAAGCUGUGAUUGAUUCUGGAGUAUGUCCGCGCUUGGUUGAGUUAUUGCUUCAUCCCUCUCCUUCUGUUCUUAUCCCUGCCCUUCGGACAGUUGGAAACAUUGUCACCGGAGAUGAUAUACAAACUCAGUUUAUCAUCAACUUCAAUGCACUGCCGUGUCUUCUGAACCUCUUGACUGGUAACCAUAAGAAGAGCAUUAAGAAGGAAGCAUGCUGGACUAUUUCAAAUAUCACAGCUGGAAACAGGGAGCAAAUUCAGGCUGUGAUUGAGGCCAACAUUAUUGGCCCGCUAGUUCAUUUGCUUCAAAAUGCAGAAUUCGAAGUAAAAAAAGAGGUUGCAUGGGCAAUAUCUAAUGCCACAUCUGGUGGCACUCAUGAACAAAUCAAGUACCUUGUUAGUCAACAAUGUAUUAAGCCUCUAUGCGAUCUACUCGUCUGCCCUGACCCAAGAAUUGUCACUGUGUGUUUAGAAGGCCUUGAAAACAUUUUGAAGGUAGGGGAAGCUGAGAAGAACUUAGGACGAAGUGGAGAUAUCAAUCUCUAUGCUCAAAUGAUUGAUGAUGCCGAAGGGUUGGAAAAAAUUGAGAACUUGCAGAGUCAUGACAAUAAUGAGAUUUAUGAGAAGGCUGUAAAGAUUCUCGAGACAUAUUGGAUUGAGGAAGAUGACGAAUCGGCACCACCAGGGGAUGCAUCCCAACAGAGUUUUCAGUUUGGAGGGGGAGAUUUCUCUGUGCCUUCAGGUGGAUUCAGCUUCAAGUAA